CAGCUGUUCAGUUUUAUUCUCAUUUUGAUCGAUGUCUCGAUUUUAUCAAAUCAAUCAAAGCCGAACAAAUCUUUCUGAUUGUUUCAGGUGCUUUUGUACAACGUAUUCUUUUACAAACUCAUCGUUGUCGAUCUUUGAUUGCUAUAUUUAUCUUUUGUUCGAACCAUCAACGUUAUAAACCACUGAUGAAAGAAUAUAAUAAAAUUACUGGAAUAUUUACUAAACAACAUGAUUUAUUAGAGGCAAUCAAAGAAAAAAUGAAUUUUGUUGAAAAACAAACAUUAUCAUUUAGUCUUUUUGAUCAAAAACAAAAAUCAAUGAAAGAUCUAUCACAAGAAUCAGCAUCAUUUCUCUUACAUCAAAUGUUAGUUUAUGUUCUAAAACAAAUGUCACAAGAUGAACAAUCAAAAAAUCAAAUGCUCAAUAUGUGUCGUGAUUAUUACAAUCAGAAUAAACAAGAACUAAAGAAGAUUGAAGAAUUUCAAAAUACUUAUACUCAUGACAAAGCAAUUGAAUGGUACACAGAUGAAUGUUUUCUUUAUAAACUAUUAAAUAAAGCACUUCGAACUGAAGAUAUUGAAUUACUCUUUACUUUUCGAUUCUUUAUUAUCGAUUUAUGUUCAGUUAUUGAGCAAGAAAAUCAACUUUUGAAAAAGCAAGGAACAUUAACUUUAUAUCGUGGAACAAAAAUUCCAAAUGAAGAAUUAGAAAAAAUAAAAGAAAACAUUGGUAAAACUAUUUCAACAAAUGGAUUUUUAUCAACAUCACGAAAUAUCGAUGUAUCACUUAGAUUUAUUCAUGACAAUCCUCCAUUAAAUGAUUUUACAUCAGUUCUAUUUGAAAUUAAAGCAAAUUCAUUAUUGAAAACAGUGAUUUUUACCGAUGUUGGAAAUAAAAGUCGAAUAGAGGGUGAAGAAGAAGUUCUUUUUAAUCUCAAUUCACUCUUUAAGAUUGUUUCUGUCUGUUUUGAUCCUAAACUUAAUAUAUGGAAAGUACUACUAAAUGCAACUGAUGAAGGUGCAGAAAAAGUAGAAGAAUAUCUUGCAUUUUCGAAACAACAGAUGGAAGAAUCCUCACCACUUAUUUAUUUUGGCCGACUUCUCUUGAAUGAAUUAGGUCAAGUAGAUCGUGCAGGAAAAUAUUUUAAUAUGUUACUGAAAUCACUUCCACAUGAUCAUCCUGAUAUUGCAUCUGUUUAUAAUGGUAUUGGUGUAGUACAUGAUAAAAGAAAUGAAUUGAAUUUGGCAUUGAAAAACUAUGAGAUAGCUUAUGGGAUCCGUCAAAAACAACUACCUUCAAAUCAUCCUCACAUUGCUGGCUCACUCAA